AUGGAUUCCAUGCAUCCUAAUCUUCUGAAUGGGCCUCUCAUGAUGGACCUUGUGAAACAUCUUACUAAAAUCUAUGUGGACAUCAUCCACAGCUCUACUUCCAUCAACUAUCCAAAAUACUCAGUCAACCACAAAGCAAGAAACCCGAAUAAAUCAAUUCAAAAAAAGACCAAAAACCAUUGUGCAGAGAAAGAAAGAAAAAUAAACACACAAAGUCCAAACAGUAGAAACAAACCAAAAGCAUUCCGAACCAGACUGACUCCCAGAUCUGUGCCUGGAGCAGCCGGAGUACACCCAAGCCUUGGUCCCCAGUUCAUCUCACCAGUGGGGCAAGAAAGCACAGCAGCCAGGAUUCUUUUGAAGACUCUGACCUGGAGUUACACACUAUCCUUGGUUCUUUGCGGGGAUGGGACCCGCUGUCAGGGUCUCACAACUGGCUGUUAUUCGGUACACCAAGGGCUUCAGAGGACCAAGUUUUUGAAGCUCUGGAGACGGUGGGGGAGGGGGGGGGUAUUGGAGGCCGGUGUCCGAGCAGAAGACUCAUGUGUUAUGGAAGAUCUAAGGCUGUGUGCCCAGAGACCUGAGAUCUUUGGACACAGAGCUCAGAAAAAGUGAUGCAACAGUCUUCUAACAUCAUAUCCAGCAAGUUGUUUGUCCUGACGAAGGGUCUCGGCCCAAAAAGUCAACAGUGCUUCUCCUUAUAGAUGCUGCCUGGCCUGCUGCAUUCCACCAGCAUUUUGUGUGUGGAGUUGUUUGUUAUGUCUCCUCUUUCACUGUGAAAUGAAGACAUCUCUUUCUCCUUUAUUUAGGAGAGAGUGAGCCUGUGGUAUGUUGAAUGCCGGGUGAACAAUGUUCACUUUGGAGUACCGCAUGCCUGUGUCUUUGCUGUUGCUUUGCUCACGCUUGAGUGCUCGGUAGAGGGGGCCCAGGCUUUUUUUGCCGGUGGGGGAAGGGGCGA